CGAUAAAAAUGUAAGUCGAUUAAAUGUAUCGCUGUCGAAAUAUGCAGUACUUUUACAGCACUGCUUGGUAUCUAUAGCUGUCUCGCUCUCUCUAUCUUCUUGCGUUCAAGACAACGCGCAAUUUUUAUUCUUUCUUUAAUUUGUUUUAUUAAUCAUUAUUUCGUUUAAGUAAUGUCCACAUUCAUGGACAUGCUCACCAGCAGUCAAUGCGUCGACCUGAAAAAGUGCGGCGAUGUAGUGGUCUCGCCCAGCGAUAACAUGGUGGCCAUUUACUGCCACUUCUGCCGGGACAUUUUCGCACAUCUGCCGGAAUUUUUGAGGCACCUCCAGUGGUCCCACUAUGAUGUCCUGAAUUUCACCAAGGAGCAAAACGUGUACAGCUUGGAGGAGCUUCUAUCUGAAGAGGAGUACGCCCAGUCGACAGGGAACAACAACAGCAGCAGCAGCAGCGGGGAUUCCGGCAUUAUGGAGGUCAUAAAGGAUUCUACUAGCCAAAAACCAAUGAAAUAUAAAGUGGAGGACAUACUAUUAAAGGAAGGACUCUCCCAACAGGAAGACAAUCCCGUAGGCCGAGGAUUCAAAGGAUUUCGCAACAAGGCAGAAAACAAGGAGAACACUUUGAAAAUCUGCGAACUGAAGAGCCACGCCAUUGCCAGGAAUUCGAGGAAACGUAUGAGCAGCGUGAAGAACCGCAUCCUCAAAGCCAUUGAAAACGAUGAGCCCACCAAACUUCUUAAGAAACAGCCGAAAACUGAAUCUCUAGAAGUAGAUAACAUCCUAAAACCCAUUGAUAACGAUGAGCCUACCAAACUUCUAGUGAAACCGCCAAAAACCAACUACACACUACCUAUAACUGAACCUUUAGAAGUAGAUAAUAUACAGCCACUUAAUUUUAAUACUCCUUUCAAGCUAACCAAACAACCAACCUCAUCUAACUUAAGUGUAAGGAAAUCGACUUUAACCAGUGCUCGAAUCUUCACAACAUCCCUUUUGCAGCACAAAGAUCUGAACUCUAAGCCAAAACUCAGCUCAACAGUCCAGAAAGUCCAAGCUAACUCCGUUUCAAGUGUGGUUAAAAAAGUAGCUCAGUUCCCAAAACCAGCCACAAAGAGAAUAUUAUCGCCUUUCCAAAUAAGACAAGUUGAAAUACUGCCAAAAACUAAGUUGAGUGAUAGUGUGAUUAAAUCAAUACAAACUGAAAGGCCAUCGCUCAAAAGAAUUCUAGAGGAAAUUGGCAACUACCAUGUUCAGAAACAGCCCAAAGACCAAGGUUUUUCAGUGCUCAAACUAAGCCCAACUCCAAACAAUGAGCAAGAGCUAUCUAAAGACAACAACAACACAAAACGUUUUAAGUUGGAGUCGGAAAAUGAAGAUAAUUCCAAAAUCACACAGACAAAGGAAAAUCCUGUUGUAAAAAUAAAGCAGAUCCUAGACAAUAUUAAAAAUCCUGUUAACAAGAACGACAACGCAAAACUCGUGAAAUUGGAUUCGGAAAAUAUAGAGAUUACCACCGACAAAAGUUCAAAAAUCGCACUGGUAAAGAAAAAUCUGGCCGUUAAAAAGAUGCAGACAACCAGUACCAAAACAAAUCAAACAAAUACCAAUAGUUUUGCUACCAAGGACGACAAAUUGGAGUCAAAUAAUCUAGUUUUACAAACCACACAGCCUAAGGAAAACCUGCUGGUUAUAAAAAAGGAGCCAAACAAAAAAAACAAAAAACAAAAAUCAACUUCCCCAGACAUCGCAACUCUUUUGAAAAAUGUUGGGUUGCCAGCAAUGCAAAAUGCCAGGUAUGAGGACAAAAUAACGUCGGAUGAGUUGAUGAAGUUGCGCGCAAAAGCCGCCCAGUUUAGCAAAAUCUACAUGAAGCACGAUUCCAUUUGGAAUUAUAGAAUUUUGAAUCCAUCACCCAAAGCUGAAUUUCUCUCUCGUCUGAUUUCUGAGCUAACUACAGAAGUCAACUUAACGAUGGGAUGCAACCUGACUAAAGGCGAACUAAAACGAAUCAUAAAUCUGAUUUCAGUUUGGCACCAAAAAACGGUUCACCUUAAGGUGGUCAAAAACGGCAAGAUUUUGCCCACCGACUAUUUUAACCUAUUCGGAUUUUUACCUGAUAGUUUUGUUUUUUUUUGCGAAGGCUGCGAGGAAACUUUCACUAUUGAAGAAUCAUACAUAAAGCAUUUGACUUCUCACGAAGGUGUGUAUCAUUGCCAACCUUGCAAUAAAUUGUUCAAGUACCAGGGAUUCUACGAGAAGCAUAUGCGAAAUGCUCAUUUCUAAACAGUUCCACUUACAACCUUAUAUAGAUUUUAAGUUGUAGUCAUACUUUUUACUAAAGACUUUACGUUGUUAUGUAGUUGUCAAAAAAGUAAAAACUCAGAUGAGUUAAAAGCUAAAAGAUAGCUUAUCCGUCAAGUUAAGAAACUGGCUAGUUGCUUAUUAUAAAACUAUAUCCGCUUUUAAUUUAUAUAAUUUGGAUCAAUUCUUUUCCGUAUUCAUGUUCUUAACAAACAAUCUAUGUAACUCAAUUAAUUCCCAUUCAUUCAAGAUUAUAAACACUAACUAAAUUAAUAAGAUUAGCGACAAAGCAAUAGUUAAACAAUGUUAUGUAGUUCUCAAAAAGGUGAAUACAAUAAAAGCUGAAGAAGUUGUCAGAUAAAGUUAACAGUCAAAAUAAUAAACUUGUUAGUUAUGUUUAUAUAAAGCUAUAUCCGUUAUUAGUAAUAAGUUAUUACUUAAAUUUUUUAUCCAUGCGUUUCUGCACCAAAGUUCUGAAUAAAUAACCUCUACAGACUCAA